UCACGCCCCAUCGCAACUUCAGCUGAUAUAAACGUUUUGCACAUAAAUUGGAGUUUAUGCUGCACGUUGGUGGAAGGUCAACGGCGUAGUCGUAGUGAUGAAACGACGACAAAAGCAAAAGUUUAUGCAACAGAAAAACCUGUAUCUGGAUAUGUCAAACAUGCAUACUGUGCUGCACGUAAUAUAAAUUUGAGGUUCCAAAUUCUUUAGUAGUUGUCAAUUAACACCAAUAUUUAAUAUUUUAUUCUUAUGAUUUUAUUCAUGCAUGGCAUAACCAGCGAAUACAGCUGGGUGUUUACUAAAACGAUUUUAGACCAUGUACUUUUUUCAUAAUGCAUCCUCUUGUAUAAAUUCCCAUUGAAAACAGAAGACUAACAACUUCUUAAUUGGCCUGGUAUGAACAUAACCGUAAUGAGAAGAUAUAUUUGAACACUGCCGGUACAAAAAUUUGCAGACGGACAGUACCGGCGUUUAUGGUGGAUGAGCGGCCAUCCAUCACAUUGACUUAAGGGAAGAUGACGUUACUUAGCAGGCGGGGGGUCGGGCUUGUGUGGUUAGCAUCAGCAUAUCCCAAAGCGAGGUGAGGGAUAAAGGGAAUUCAAGAUGCAUUAAUCGCUGUGUGACCUCGGCGGGCCGGAUGCGACAGUACUGUGGAUUGUGUGGAGUCAUCAUUGAGGAUAGUACCGAAGCAAAAGGAGUACAGACGCAAUGUGCGCCCUUUGGAAGUAUAGAGCUGCAGUGAAGAGCAUUUUUUUCUGUCCGCUGGAUUGGACAUCUAAACACAUCAGCUAAACUGCUAUGUUGGAGAUCCGCUCUUGUGAAAUCCUAAACCAAAGUGAGAAGAUGCUCAGUGGCCGGUGGCUGCAGUGAGACCGUGGGGUUGGGGGUGGGGGCCGACAUGCUGGAGGAGGGCGACGUCGCUGGUGGCGGCAGCGACCGCGCCUUGAGAGCAGAGCUGGAGCGGCUGAGUCUGGAGCUGCAGGAGGCCAACGAGGAGAAGCUGCAGGCAGCCCGGUAUGGCCUGGCCGUCCUGGAGGAGAGCGCCACCCUGAGGAGCAGGCACAGCCAGCUGGAGGAGGAGCACGAAGUCCUCCGGCGGGAGGUGCAGCAGCUCAGAGAGGCGCUGGCGGAUUCCAUGAGCAGCCAUAAGCGGGCAGCGGCUGACGGGGAGAGCCGCGAGGAGAGCUUGCUUGAGGAGACGGCCAACAAGGAGGCGGCCAUGGCACUUCGCAUGGAGGAGCUGAAGGCCGAGUUGCAGCAGAGCCAUGUGACACUGACCAAUGUUCACGCCGAGAACGACAGGUUGGGGGCGCUCUCCAGCCAGCUGAAGAAGGAGUGCGAGCACCUGGAGGAGGAGAAGGACCAUCUGUGUAGUGAGAUGAAGGAGUACAAGCUACGGGAGGUGAGACUGCUGCAGGACAGCAGCGAGCUGGAGGAGGAGAACAUCUUGCUGCAGAAGCAAGUCUCCAUGUUGAGGGAGAACCAGGUGGAAUUUGAGGCCCUGAAGCUGGAGCUGGUCCAAAAGCAGGAGAAUCAGAACAUGCUAAGGGCCCAACUGGAGGAGGCGGCACGGCUGAAGGAGAUCACGGAGCGCCAGCUGGAUGAGGCGCUGGAGGCCCUGAAGGAGGAGCGAGAGCAGAAGAAUAGUCUGCGUAGGGAGAUCUCCAACCUGGCAUUCCAGCACUGCAGUGUCUCCAGUACCUUGGAGCUGCAUCUGGACCAGUUGGGGGAUAUUGGGGAGCAGGAGGACCAGGACAGUGGUUACAACAAUGGCCAAGGCUCAGUGGGCCCUGUCUGCCAUGGCCCCCACCUCGCACCAGCCCCGGGCCUCGUUUCUGACCUGCUAAGCGAGCUGCACCACUCGGAGAGCCGAGACCUUAAACAGCAGAUGUUGCAGGCUGAAAGGGAGAACUCGGCCUUGUCCAGCACCGUGCAGGACCUGCAGAGGCAGCUGACCCUAUCCCAAGAGGCCUUCACUGAGCAGCAGGGCAGGAUGGAGGCGCUGGCCCAGAGCCUAGAGGUCCUGCAGAAGGGCGUCGGCCAGGAGGCGGUCCUGUCUGUGGAGGUGCCACAGCUGCGGGAGGAGCUGAGGGAGGCGAGGGCACUGCAUGAAGCAUUGGAGGGCCGCUACCGCAACGAGAAGGAGCGGUGGAGAGGCGAGGCGCUAGAGCUGGCCGAGAAGAUCCGCAGGUGCAUCCGGGCCAGCCGGCUGGACCAGCAGCGCAUCCUGGAGCUGGAGACGGAGAUUGGCGCCACCCGGAAGGUGGCCAUGGACUCUGAGGGCCACCUCACUGUGGCCCGGGAGGAGCUGCUGGCCUUCUCGGAGGAGCUGGCCAACCUCUAUCACCAUGUCUGUGUCUGCAACAACCUCACACCCAACCGUGUCACACUGGACUAUUACCGUGAGGGUGUUCGGCAGCGUCGGCCACAGCGCCAUGGCCCCCUGGGCAAGACCCACCCCGUGGACCCCUCCGCCGGCACUGGCGACUCCUCGGCCAGCUGCCCAGGCUCCCCCACACUGGACGUUUUUGAUCCGAGUAACGUGCGCAGUCUGGUGGCGCUGAUUCGCCGCCAGAUGAGACACCUCCAGGCCACCAUUGAGCUGUGCCAGCAGCGGGGAACAUUGACCUCCCCGUGGUCCCACGUGUCCUUUGACAUGGAGCGGGAUGCUGGGGGCCUCCUAGAGGAAAUCCUGAAGCUCAAGUCCAUGCUCAGCACCAAAAGGGAGCAGAUUGCGACCCUCAGGACCGUCCUGAAGGCCAACAAACAGACAGCGGAGGUGGCCUUGGCAAACUUAAAGACUAAAUACGAAGCAGAGAAGAGCUUGGUGUCGGAGACCAUGCUGAAGCUGAGGAACGAGCUGAAGGCCCUCAAGGAGGACGCAGCCACCUUCUCGUCGCUCCGCGUCAUGUUUACCAGCAGAUGUGACCAGUAUGUGACCCAGCUGGAUACUAUGCAGAAACAGCUGGCUGCUGCUGAAGACGAGAAGAAGACCCUGAACUCGCUGCUCCGCAUGGCCAUCCAGCAGAAGUUGGCACUGACUCAGAGGCUGGAGGACCUGGAGACGCCCCACAACUCCCUCAGCAAUAGCGGCAGCCCCCGCCGCUCCCGGGAUAAACUGCGCACGCUCAAGUCUGGCCGGGCCUCUAGAAGCCCAUGUAGAAGCCCUGGUCAACCCCCAAGGAACAGCCCUCUCUCCAGCCCGGCCAGAACAGCUAGUGCCCCGCCCAUUGGCCCAUGCUGCACCGGUCACACUCGGACACUCUCCCGGUGCCUACAAUCCAGCCCGAGAUAGAACCAAGCGGACUUCAAGCCUCAACCGUAAUCCAAGCUCCCUACUACAUCUCUGAUCUUUCUGCUCAAGUAAUUACUGACUUCCAUGGAUUUGUCCAUACUGACUCCAAGACUGAAGGUGUCCUUCUCACCAUUGUGGUGGUUCUUCCCUCCAUGAAUGCCACUUUGUGCAAGAUCUAGUAGGUUUUUUUUCCCUUAGUAUUUGCUCAGGUUUUGCACCCAAGGCAGAGAAAUGUUAACGGGUUUACUCUCAAAACCUGUCCAUUCAAGUUCUAAUGCUUUGUCCCUCUACAUUGUCAAACAAUUGUCUUCAGCCAGCUGUAUGAAUUACAGCUCAGGCUAGAUUCUGACAGGGAAAAAUCCUUCCAUAUAUUUCCAGGGUUCUUUAUCCAACCCAAAGGGUUCAUCCUGCCAUUUCACAGUGAAGGUGCCUUGGAGAAGUGGCUCCUGUAUCAUCAGAUGCAAUGGAAGUAUUGACUGCAUUUGAUGUUUUGCAUUGCUACUGCUGAUGCCUACUGGUCUGGACCUGAAUGUUUACCGGAUCCCUCACUAAAGAAUGACAGCUUAGAUCUUAUCUUCUACCAUUCCCGUAAUCUACCUGUUCCUACCUUGUUCCUACAGGUUUAAUUUAGUGAAUGCCGACACUGUUUUACUGGAUAAAAUACAUUGUACAGGCAAGCUUUUCCACUAGAAAAAAGCACAAUAUUUCUGCUUG